GGUAAAGAAGGCCUUGUGCUGCUUGUUCAAUAAAGCUGAGGCUUGUGCCAGCACCGCUUCACACAAGAUAUACGCUUCACACGCUUCACACUGAAGCCGCAUGAAGAUGGGUCGACCUCAGGAUAUAUCAACGGAAGCAGUCGCAGCUACAACCGUCAUCCAAACCAAUGAAGAGCUGAAAGCGAAGCCGCACAAGUGGUACUACUACCUCUGGGAUACCUUGGACAAGCCGAAAGAAGAGCGAUGGUUCAUGUUCAAGCUCGAUGCCGCUCUACUCACUUUCGCAUCGUUGGGUUACUUCAUCAAGUACCUUGAUCAGAUGAACAUCAAUAGCGCUUUCGUGUCUGGAAUGAAGGAGGAUCUUGGGCUUUACGGCAACCAGCUCAACUACAUGCAGACUUGUUGGACUGUGGGCUAUGUCAUCGGCGAGAUACCCAGCAACAUCAUUCUGACUCGCAUUCGACCGUCAAUAUGGAUACCUGCUAUGGAGCUUACUUGGGCUGUAUUAACGUUCUGCCUUUGCCGUGCCAACAACGCCGAAACUAUCUACGCUCUACGCUUCCUCAUCGGCCUUGCCGAGAGCACAUUCUACCCAGGCAUGCAAUACAUCAUCGGAUCGUGGUAUCGAAAGGAAGAGCUCGCCAAGAGAUCUUGUAUCUUCCAUACCAGCGGUGCUAUCGCGACCAUGUUCUCCGGCUACCUGAUGGCCGGCGUGUACAAGCUCGACGGCAAAGGCGGUUUCAGAGGCUGGCAAUGGCUCUUCAUCGUGGACGGGAUAAUCUCUCUCCCCAUCGCGGUCCUCGGCUUCUUCUGUCUGCCCGAUCUUCCAGAGAUCUCCAAGCCUUUCUACCUGACCAAAGAAGAGGUAGCCUUUGCGCAGGAGCGCAUGCGACUCGAAGGACGACAAAAACGGAAGCCGUACACUAGGGCCAAGAUACGGAAGAUCUUCACGUCAUGGCAUAUCUGGGCUCUUGUCCCGCUUUAUGUGUUCUUCAAUAACGCAAGUAUGGGAUCACAGCCGAUAUUCCAGCAGUUUCUUAAGACUAGUAAAGACCCAAAGUAUACCAUCAGUGAGAUUAACACUUAUCCGACAACUACCAACGCUGUACAAGUCGUCACAACACUCCUCUACGCAUGGACGAGCGACAGCAUCCUCAAAGGCUCCAGAUGGCAACCGAUCGUCUUCGGCGGAUGCAUGAACAUCCUUUGCUCUACCAGCCUCGCCAUCUGGGAUAUACCCAUCAAAUGGAAGUGGGCUUGCUACAUCCUCUCCGGAUUCGGCGGCGGGCUUUCCGGCUUAUGUUUCGCAUGGGCCCACGAGAUAUGCACGCACGAUAAUGAAGAGCGGGCCAUUGUUGUCGCAGCGAUGAAUGAGAUGGCCUAUGUGAUACAGGCUUGGCUGCCGCUUCUUGUUUGGAGGCAGGUCGAGGCGCCGCAGUAUCGUAAGGGGUUUAUUACGGUGGCGUUCUUGAGUGCGGCAUUGAUUGCGACUGCGCUUACGAUCCGGCUGCUGUAUGCGAGAGAGCUAUCGCAUAGCCGUGGUGCUGGCGAUCAUCAUCACGAUGACCGAACCAGCUCUAGUGAUGGAGAAUCUGAGUCAGGUCUUGGUGCCGAGGUUGGUCACACCAAGGGGACUUAAGCCUCCGCAGGCGGGAAGGCUGUGCUGGACGAUGGAGUUGGGGUAUUGGACAGCAGACAAUAUUGGGAGGUAUUCAGGUGUCCUGUCGCACGCGUCAUAUUGCAGCGCGUGAAUCAGCUUCUCAUAGGUACGCGGCUUUGAUGGUAUAGGUUGGUACGUGGCUUGAUACUGUCACCAUUCCACAUCUGGUGUUCUUUCUCAAGGAUUCUGGGCCCAGCUUUGCGACACGGCAUGAGCUACUAAAAGUGACAUCAUGUGGCUUGAGGCUUGCGCAAACAACAGCACUGAUUGACUCUGAUUCAAUGUAGAGAUCUUGGCUGUCUUGAGAUUUUCCGGCUUCAUGGCUGCGCUGGAGGUCUCUGAUAUGAGGGGUAGCAACUACGGCAGGGCAACACCGAGAAGGCUGAGGUUCCAGAGUGCCCGAUGUACGAGCGCAUGCAUGAGCUACGUGUAUCCAGUAGCGACCUGCGAAAGACGCCAUUGAUACAGUCAGC